CUCAAAGAAGAAGAACGUAUAUUAGCUAACGCCGUAUUUUCGAAAUGGCAUAUCUCGAGUUCAAGUUUGAGGACGAAAUAACCAAAUACAUUCGGGAACAAGAAUUGACAACGUCGCUGAAAUUCGUAAUAUUGGGAAAGGACAAAAGUUUUGGGCAAAAGGAUGCACAGCCUUUGGCACGGAAAAAACUCAGCUGGGAGAGUAAAAGUAUCCCGUUCAAUGGUGUUCCGUUUCAAGUUGUUGGCACAAAGACGUAUGAAUGCCACCAGGGCAAAGACAGACAGACAAAAGCCAAAGAGAAAUAUGCUGCUGAAAGAGACAAGAAGGAACUUGAAGACCAUGCCUUUGUAAAGAGACGGAAACUGGUACAAAAUACCAAAAAGGUGGACUGCAAGGCUAUAAUAAACAUCGCCCACGUUAUCCGCUUUCCUGAUUUUAAGAUUGAGGAAAGUACAGUGCGCUCUAAAAAGGAGGCCUCCCAAACUCUGAAGGCAGCACUAAGUGAAACGCCCAGCUCCGUGAAGGCAGAGGUUGUCUACUGCGUCAGGUUCCCCUCCCUCUCUGAGCACAGCUCACAUGCAGUUGUUGGCGAGGCAGCUCAUGUUAGGGAAGCUGUAGAUGCCAGGCUGAGAGAGAAGAUUGAGCAGCUGACUCUGUCUGGUGUGAGAAAGAUGACUGAAAUGAAGUGUCAUCUGAACACCUUUGUAGUGGAAGAGCUUUUCCACGGAGAGCAGCCCCCUCCACCUACUCGCAGGCGCUAUUACCCUACUGACAGUGACAUAAGAAAUGUCAUGUUUAAGACCAAGCGGGCCACCGGAGACUCCAACAUUGACCGUCCAUACGAAGGUCCAUCUGGAAGAGGAAAGAAGAGGUCCUCUAGGAAGCUGUUGCGGUUACGGAGGCAAUGUGCAGGAUAUCUUAAAGAGAUCACAGAACUCACUUAUCAUCUCGAAGAGGAACAGUACGUGACUGACCUGUCUUCACAGCUCAGAAGCGUGUUGCUGGAUAUGAAGGCCCAUGUUCCACAGGAUAAAGACCUUCCACUGACCUUUUCUCCAAGGAAGAGAAAAGCUGAGAUGGACAUGGACCUCAUUCCAACCAAGAGUGCAUCACACCCUUUCAUAGAUGGGUUAGAACAGCAUACAGAGGACAUAGUGAGCGUGGAUACCUUGUUGGCAUUGAGCCUAGGUUAGUAGGGCUGAGUGGAUAUCUUGUUGGCAUUGAGCCUAGGUUAGUAGGGCUGCGUGGAUACCUUGUUGGCAUUGAGCCUAGGUUAGUAGGGCUGCGUGGAUACCUUGUUGGUAUUGAGCCUAGGUUAGUAGGGCUGAGUGGAUAUCUUGUUGGCAUUGAGCCUAGGUUAGUAGGGCUGCGUGGAUACCUUGUUGGUAUUGAGCCUAGGUUAGUAGGGCUGCGUGGAUACCUUGUUGGUAUUGAGCCUAGGUUAGUAGGGCUGCGUGGAUACCUUGUUGGCAUUGAGCCUAGGUUAGUAGGGCUGAGUGGAUAUCUUGUUGGCAUUGAGCCUAGGUUAGUAGGGCUGAGUGGAUAUCUUGUUGGCAUUGAGCCUAGGUUAGUAGGGCUGCGUGGAUACCUUGUUGGUAUUGAGCCUAGGUUAGUAGGGCUGCGUGGAUACCUUGUUGGCAUUGAGCCUAGGUUAGUAGGGCUGCGUGGAUACCUUGUUGGUUUUGAGCCUAGGUUAGUAGGGCUGAGUGGAUAUCUUGUUGGUAUUGAGCCUAGGUUAGUAGGGCUGAGUGGAUAUCUUGUUGGUAUUGAGCCUAGGUUAGUAGGGCUGAGUGGAUAUGUUGGUAUUUAUCCUAUAGGCUGAUGACUGUGUGGGUUCUGCCACCAAUUGAGUAUAUUUUGGGUAGUGUACCUUUUUUAUUUCAACUAAUGUUAAUAUUCUGUUAAUGUAACAGAUGUGAAAUGGCUAGCUAGAUUAAAGUUAUACUGUUACAUUAACAACUUCAUAAAAACAUGUUUUCUCAUCUGUAAUGUAAAACAAAUACAUAACUAUAGUAAGUCAUUUAGGAGGCAUAUAAACACACUGUUCCACUCAUCUGCAGCUACUCUGUACUUUAUUUUAUUAUGGUCUGUCCUGAUGCCUUGUCACUUUACCCUGCACAUUUAUCUCCUUGAUCUGGUACUUCCUGUAUAUAGUCUCACAUUGAUCUGGUACUUCCUGUAUUUAGUCGCACAUUGAUCUGGUACUUCCUGUAUAUAGUUGCACAUUGAUCUGGUAAUCCCUGUAUAUAGCUGCAC